CUUUACGCUGUUGCUAAAAUGUUUGUUCUUGUGUUGACCUAUGUCUCGUUACUGUAUGCCGAUUUAACGCAAUCGAUCGAGCACCUUCCGCCGGAUGUCCAGAAUUCUUUGGGAAUCCGUUUUGGUAGAGAAGCUAUCCCGCAUGCUUAUCCGUGGUUAGUUUCGAUACAAAUGGAAUACACCACCAACCAUUUCAUGCACCAAGCCGGUGGGACGUUGAUUAAUUCCAAGCAAGUUGUAACAGCAGCGCACGUUUGUCGAGAGGUCGUCAAGCGAGAAGGUGUGAGAUUCAGAUGUUUGUUUGGCAAACACGACGUCAGCCAAACCGAAGAAGGCGAAUUGGUUAUUGGAGUGAAGGCCGUCAGCUGUUACAAACACUUUAACUACGACAAAUUUCUGCACGACAUUUGCGUGAUACAACUACAGUCCGAAGUUCCCGCAUUUACAAGUCGUAUUUCUCCGGCCACCUUGGCGGAUUCAGAAUCGUCACUGCCACGUUCUUGCAUACUAGCAGGAUGGGGCAGCGAUGGCUACUGGCCAGUAACGCCAAAGUUGCAAGAAAUGACCGUGUCUCUAAUGGAUAUUUCGGUUUGUCAGAAACUGGAUCCGCUGUUUCCAAAGAUAGAUAUUUGCAGUCAGGAUAAACCUUAUCCGAAGCACGGAGACAGCGGAGGGCCCUUGAUGUGCAAGUUCAACGGUCAGUUGAAGGUGGUCGGCGUGCAUUCCUAUCUUGUGAAGAAAAAAGCCGGUGAUAUGAGGUGCGCUGCACAUACGGACAUACGCCUUUACGGUGACUUCAUAGCGAAACCGCCCAAAGAUCCAAAAUACUGCUUAGGCGGCAGACCUACGUGCAGUGGACCCAAUUGCAUAUGGAACAUACAAAACCAAUCUCCUAUAUUUCGACUAACAGCGCCGUUUGAAUUUUGGCAUUUCCAUAUAAUUUUUAUAUUAACGGAGCGCAAUCAGCGCAUCAUGUCUGGCGUAUUACGAAAAGAGCGCGGGAUGUGUUGGAUAAACAUGGGCCAGAUUCGCCUGCAUUUCGCCAUUCCCCAUCCGGCCAGAAUGCAGUCGACGGAGUGCAUCUUCGGGAUGAGGUAUGAAGAAAUUGCGGACGGUGAAAUACUUCUGAGUUCCGAUCGCUCUACACCGCAAUGUAACGAUGGCUUCAGAAUUAUUCCUUUUUCUGUGGGAUUAAUAUUCAUGGACUGCAGCAUGUGGAUGCGAUUGCUGUCGUGA